AUGGAGAAGAAGAAGAAGAAGAAGAAGAAGAAGAAGAAUAAGAAGAACAAGAAGGGAGAAGCAAGUAGUGACAGCCCCCAUCCUGAUAUCAAAAAAAGGGCCCAUCCGGACUGA